CUCCUUCAACCUGGCGAUCUCCGCACGGGCGUUGAAUUCAUCUCAUCCACCGUGAGCAAGCAAAAGCAAGAAGAGCAAAAUGGCGAGCGACGAAGAAGAAGAGAGAGUUCUGGAGCUUCAGCUGGAGCUUCAAUUGGAGGAGCAGCGAGACUCUCUUUCUUCGCUCAACGAAGCCCUUGCCUCUGACCCCGCCAACCCCGAGAUCCUCGCCGUUCAUGAAGAGCUGGUUUCGGCAAUAAGAGAUGCAGAGGAAGGGCUUUUUCACCUUAAGCGUGCACGUUUGUUACGGGAAGUUGAUUCGGUGGUACAGAAGUCAGAUCCUGCUGUUGAUAAUGUUAAGGUGGAGUCUUUGGAUCCAAAUGAUGUUGAAGCUGAGCCUCUGGAGGAGCAAAGGUACUCCAUUGGGUCAAAAUGUCGAUUUCGCCACAGGGAUGGUCACUGGUAUAAUGGUCAGAUAGUUGGAUUGGAGGGCUCACAGUUGGCUAAAAUCUCUUUCCUCACGCCGACAACUGAAAAUAUGCUGAUAUGCAAGUUCUUUCUGCAGCAACGAUGUCGGUUUGGUACUAGCUGCCGCUUAUCACAUGGAGUAGAUGUUCCAUUGUCAUCCUUAAAGAAAUUUGUCCCAACAAGUUGGGAGCAGUCAUUGGUGGGUUCCAGUAUAUGGGCAACGUCAGAUAGUAAAGCUGGUGUAUGGAGAGAAGCUGAGCUUGAAUCAUGGGAUGAUGAAUGUGGUCUUGGACAAGUUGUUUUCCGGGAUGAUGGAAGCUCUGCAAAGCUUGGCAUUGAUUUUAUAGCGCUAUCUGAGUAUGCGGAAAUCAGCGAUGAAGAAGAGAGUGAUUCAAGCUCGGAGCAAUCCGACUCUAGUGACUAUGAAGAAGAGGACCCUCAGGGUCUAGGAUUUCUUGAAAGCACUGCAAAACAGAGGGGCAUCCAGACAGAAACUGCCAUUUUUGCUAAGUGGGAGAAUCACACACGUGGCAUGGCAUCCAAGAUGAUGGCCAACAUGGGCUAUCGGGAAGGGAUGGGUUUAGGCAGAUCUGGGCAAGGAAUGGUUGAACCCAUUCCCGUGAAAGUCCUUCCACCAAAACAAUCACUAGACGAUGCCCUAAAGUCUAAUGAACAAGACAAAGAUCAUGAAACUCAAGCAAAGAAGCGCAGCAGAGGUGGAAAAAGGAAACGCGAGAAGAAGUUUGCUGCGGCAGUUCGGGCGGCAAAAGAUGCAGAAGAAAGGAGACCAGAUGUCUUUAGUCUGAUUAAUACCCAACUUGCAAUGCAUGGGGAGGCGUUGAACGGCAAGUCUGCAAAGAAGCGGCAACUUAAAGAUUCUGGGGAGAAGAAAAUAGAUAGGCAGGCUCUUGUUGCUUAUGAUGACGAGGUGAAGGAAUUGCGAAUGCGAGUGGAGAAGCUUGAAGAGAUGGUCGUUAGGAACAAGAACGACAAGGUAGUGUGUGAGGCGGCCAUGAGGAAGUUGGCUGAAACGCGCAGAGCUUUGGCCGAGACCGAGGCAGCUCACGCUUCUGCAUCUCAUGCGAUCAUGUCCAAGGAGAAAGAAAAGAAAUGGCUAAAGUUUUGAUAUUAGAUAUCGUGUUCUUGUUUAUUACUUUUGUAAUAUGCUCUCUUAGAUGUAGAUUUGAAGGUUGGCCAUGGUGCUUGUAUUCAUGCACGAAGGAGGGGCUGUCUUUUCCCCUGUUGAAAAUGAUUUAUUCUAGUAUGUUCAUCAAA